AUGUGCUGGUGUGGUUGCUUAUUCGACUGCUUUCUCGUGAUAAUAUCAGUGCUCUUCCCUCCCUUGCCGGUGUGGAUCAGAAGAGGGUUCUGUUCCGCCGAUUCCUGGAUCAAUAUCUUGUUGUGCUUCUUGGGCUACUUGCCAGGAUUGAUCCAUUCGUGGUACAUCAUUGCCAAGUACCCUCCCUACUCGCAGGGAGACACCAAGAUCUACUACAUCUACCGCAACGACAUCGAGAACCAGACGCCCCACAGACACGAGCACCACUACCACCACACCCACAACACCAGCAUUCACUCUGACCAGAGCCAGCCGCUUAGAAGCCAGCCCAGCGCCGUGCAUUCGCCCAGCUACGGUGCUGUGCACGAGGGCACCUCUAGAAACUCUGCUGCUCCUCCAGCGUACGAAGAAAUCGACCACAAGGUCCAGCGGUGA